AUGGCCUUACCAUUGAUAGAAAAAAAGACGACGAACGCAGUGGUUGAAGUUCAACCAAUUCAAAGCCCUGUCAACAUUCUGGCUGUCGAUCCGAUCCAGCAGCUCAUUUUCCGAUUUGUAGUAUCGGUCAUAGCUAUCCUUCUCUUUGCUAUCGUCGUUGGCAGUAAAAUGUUACGCAAUGACGACAAAAUUGAGAGCGGCUACGCCAGUGUGCAAGAACCAAACCACACCAAGUCGUCGCUUUUUCGCGAAUGUCUAGCUGAAUUCUUGGGUACUAUGGUCAUGACCAUGUUUGGGAACGGUGUCGCAGCUCAAGUGAUCCUUGGCGAGGGCACCAGGGGCGAGUAUAUAAACAUCAACUUGUGUGGUGGUCUCGGUGUCCUCUUUGGCAUUCACGUGUCAGGUGGUGUCUCAGGUGCCCACCUGAACCCCGCAAUAACCACAACGUUGGCGUGGUUUGGCCGUAUGGAGUGGAAAAAAGUUCCAUACUACAUCAUAUCGCAAAUACUCGGCGCCUUUGUUGCUGCGUUCAUUGUUUGGCUUCUGUACUUCCCGAUGUUUAACCUACUUGAUCCUGAAAGGACCUUGAUGCAGGGCGUGUUUGCCACUUACCCCUUCAGCAACAAUGUUCCAGUCGGCACCUGUUUCUUGACUGAGGUCGUUGGUACGGCACUACUCAUGGGCUGCAUCUUUGCUCUCGGUGACGAGCUCAACAAGCCUGCUAAUCCGUACACACAGCCUGGUGCGGUAGCUCUACUCGUGGUGGCCAUUGGUAUGGCUUUCGGUAUGAAUUCAGGCUAUGCUAUUAACCCUGCGCGUGACUUUGGUCCACGCUUCUUUUCAUGGAUUGCUGGCUGGGGUUCGGAGGUCUUUACGGUGCGUGAUUCCUACUUUUGGGUACCAAUUGUUGGUCCACUGCUUGGUGGACCCAUUGGCGCUGGUAUUUAUGUUGGUUUCAUUGAGCACCACCAUCCGCGUGAGUAUAAACACCCUCUAGAGGAGUAG